AUGAAUAAUUCAGAUACAAAUACGAAGUCUGAAAUGAUCAGUGAUGUUGCUGUCACAUCAAAUGAACAAUCUGUCGAUCUAACUGAUGUCAAUGUUUUAAUAACAACUUUUCGAAGCGAUGCAACAAAUGAAGAUAUACAAAAAUUAAUUCGUCGAGAAAUGCAAGUUGAAGAUUUACCAAUUGCAAAAGAACUUAAAGAAAUGCGAUCUCAGUCUGAAAAUGCACAUUUAUCGACACAAUUUGAAACAAAUCGUGAACGUGUUCAAAAUCAAUUUAUUGCUAAUAGUGUCAAUGCAUGGAUUGACACAGCAAUGGAUUCUUUGCAUAUUGUUGCACAUGCCAGUGCCAUGACAUCAUUAUUAGGAAAUGCUUUAAAUACAAAGGGAAUUCAAUCAAUUCCAGCUGCAGCAAUUGAUCACGGUCGAAGUCUUCUCGAUAGAACACUCUCGAUUUAUUCUCGAUCGGUUCAACAAGCACAUGAUGGUACAAAUUGUUUACUUGGUGCGAUUGAGAAAAAUAAUAAUACUAAAAAUAAUCCUAAAGUAAAUAAAGCAUUAGAACUAUACAAAAGAAUUUAUUUGAGAUUUAAAAAUGGCCAAAGUGAUGUUAAAGAAGUGGCAGAAUCACAUAGUCAACUUGUUCAUGAAAUUGAAGAAGCAGAACCAGAUGAAACAACAGAAGUAAGACAGGAAGCGAAGAAAUCGUCAAAUUUAUGGAAAGUAGCUCUUCUCAUUGGUGGAAUUAUAGCAGUACCACUUGUUAUCGUUGGUGGAGUAGUUGUUAUUGCUAUGAUGUCAAUUAAAAAAUGA